CAGCAGUUUCUACAAUCACGCGCGUUCCCACUUCAGUCCCAUGGUCAGCUUGUACGAGGGUCGAAGCAAUACACAGUAGUAGUCCGAUUGGGCUGUCAGAUGUCAUGGGAAAAUUAGGUAGGUAGGUACGGUAGGCAAGGUAGUCAUGGGCAAAUUAAGGUAUGUAGGUAAAUGUGCCUUGGGCAGUGAUAGUCAUGAGCUGCAUGUACAUAAAGAUGGCUUCUCGACACGAUCGAGGUCAGCUCGCUCACAACUCGGGCUGGGAGUAUCUUCUUUCAUCCCAAACAUGUGGUGCUUCACGAUGCGUGCCAGCGCCAUUCUCCUCUCUCUUCUCCUCCCUAUCGCCCUUAGCCAGGUGAUCGAGGGCGGCUGGACAGCCUUCGGAGACUCAUACGCAGCUGGCAUAGGCGCGGGCAGCAAACACGCAAGCGACACGGGCGACUGCAGGAGAAGGGUCAAUGCCUACCCCAACCAAAUCCAAACGGACGGGUCACUUGCGGGGGGGUCGAAUGUCCAGUUCAGCUUCCAGGCCUGUUCCAGUGCCAAAAUCGCCGAAGUUCAAUCCCAAAUCACCAAAUUCCGAGACGGCCCGGAGCAGCUGCGAGGCUUUGCGACCAUCUCGAUUGGCGGCAACGAUGCCGGAUUUUCGGAGGUCAUCGAGGCCUGUCUUGUCCGUGCCAAGUUCGGCAGCCCGAGCUGCGACUCCGUCAUUGAGGCCAAAACCGAAAGGGUCAAGUCCACCGACAUGCGUCAGAACCUUGAGGAUGCGUAUCGCGCCAUCUUGGACGCGGCAAAAGCUCCGGGCAAAUUGAUCACUUCGUUCCGGCUGGUUGUGACAGGCUACGCCCGUUUCUUCAACGAGGAGACGACGGAUUGCAACAACAGACACAUUAGCUUCUGGGGCUUACUCGAGCCUAACAAGCAGUAUCUCACUGUGGAGCGCAGAAAGGCACUCAACAAGCUCGUCAGCGACAUGAACGAGGUCGUCAAGGCGGCAGCCGAGAAAGUCUCGAGGGAAUCGGAAUUCGGACAGGUUGUCUUUGUCCCGAUCGACGAGCUUUUUGAGGGCCACAGGUUUUGCGAGCCCGACGUCAAGGAACCCGACAACAAGAACCCCAACUCGUGGUUUUUCUUGCUGCAAGGACGGGAUGCCGCUCCCGACGGCUCGCUUCUACCCCCAUCAUACCCCGACGAGCCUGUCAACCUGACGCCCUCCGAGUGUGAGGCCCUUCUCAACGGGACUACGCCGCCACUGGGCGACGGCUGGGGCGAGUUCAUGUUGUGCUCGGCGCAGCAGGGCACCGCCGAGGGCAAGCAGCUCGCCGACUGGAUCACCGACGACACAGACGGCAACCUCUCGGGCGGCAUUAACAUUCCCGAGGCCUGGGGCAAGGCCUUCCACCCCAAGAGCAUCGGCCACGCCCGGAUCAGGCAGGCCAUCAUUAAUCGACUAAACAGUCGCGGGGCAAACCACAAGCGCGUCGUCAUCAUGCACGACGGGACAUUGGAAGAAUUCGAGGCCAUGAUCAACCACCCGCUCAAUUCCAGGCUCGACGCCCAGCGGAUUGAACAACCGGGAAUCAAUAUCAGGGGCUACGCGGUGUGGAUCGAGGCAGACGCAGCGCGCAAGAUCAGGGACACUGUUACUGGCGUCGUGGGGGUACUCUUUGAGCGGGCCGAUGAGUUGCCGCCUGCAUGGCCGGUUGUUCCUUGGACCACCCAGGACGCUGCAGGGGUCGCCAAUGCCACUGAGAGGCGAGACGGCACCCUGCAGAAGCGGAUUCCCUCGCCCGCCACGACCACGGAUUUGGACUUCGAGCGUCACCUGUACCCACUGGGAGACAAUGUCGACAUAUGGCACCUAGGCGUCUUAUCCCAGCCGCCUGCUCUGCCGGACCUGCGCCUUCUCGACUUUCGCCGCGGAUAUCUCCAUGAUCCAAAAGGCGGCAGCGGCGUCAACAUUUACGUCUUGGACUCGGGGGCUAAUCUCGACCAUCACGAGAUCUCGAGCAGACUCCGAACGGACGGACUGCCGUCCUACGUCACAAGGGCAAGCAAGCUUGGGGUAAUUGAUGACGCCAGCGGUCACGGCACAUGCAUGGCCAGCCUCAUUGGCGGCAAGAAAUAUGGAGUCACCAAGACGGGAAACAACAUUAUACCCGUCCGGUGGGAACUGGGUUCGCAAACCGGAUCCCCAAAAGGCGCUUCUCUGUUCGAAGGCUUGCUCUGGAUCCUAUUCGAUGUCAAACAACACAACAAGCAGGGCAAGGCCGUUCUCAACUACUCAGGGGGUGAGUUUACUACGUACCUUACCUAGCUUCGCGCACCCCCCACAAGACAACAGACUGACGAGAUGCCCUUGAGAUAGGCACGCCGAUAGCGAGUUGGGCCGACGAAGACGACUUGGACAACGCCGACCCACCAGAUUCGCCAAUAUACCUGAAAUACGACCCGUGGCGCUGGUUCCUGCCGUACUUCAAGCGUGAGGACGUCGUCGUAGUGUGUGCCGCGG